CUGCCACCACCCUUCACGAUUCGCUGAACUAAUCACACAAACAUGGCCGAAGACGAAAUCGCUACAAAGGCUCCCGAAAGCGAUGCCCAACAAGCACCCGCUGAUCCAGUGGUGCAGGGCGUGUUUCCCGACGACACGAGAGCACAAGCCGGGCCCAGUAUGGGUGAGCACUGUGUGACGGAUAGACCUACUCCUUCCGGAGAGAUGCCCACGGGUGAAUUGUCCAAACUAGGCGGCGUAGAUGUUUACAUUGCGAAACCCGCCGACUACCCACAUUCGCCAUCGAAGCUCCUCCUCCUUCUAACCGGCGGCACCGGCCUCAUGUCGACCAACAAUCAGCUCCAAGCCGACAAAUAUGCCUCGGAAGGCUUCCUCGUGGUGAUGCCUGAUCAAUUCGAAGGCAACCCUGCACCAAAUAGUGUUGACAUGACCAAGAUCGACGAGCAUCCCUCCUUCCUCGAGCAAGUCAAGCUUAAGACAGCCGAGACAUUUAAAUCGUUCCUCAUCGACAUGUGGCUUGCCUACCAUACACCAGAGAGAGUCCUCCCGCUACUACACAAGGUGAUUGAAGGCGCGAAGGAAGAGUUCGCGGAUGCUGUCUCAAACGGAGGAGGCAUAUACGGUGUGGGCUACUGCUUUGGCGCGAAGUAUAUCCUCAUACUAUCCGGCGAGCACCCCGAUACAGCUACAUGGGGUCAAGCUCCUCCAAAAGAUGAGGAACAAGGUGUUGUCAAGAAAGAGCCUUUAAUUAAGGCGGGCGCAGUCGCACAUGGCACAAUGGUUACAAAGGAGGAUCUGGAGGCUGUUAAAUCGCCCACCUACAUCGCAGCUGUGGAGAAUGAUCCCCUAUUCUCUGAAGAAGAGGUCUUAACACCCGGACGUAAGGCGAUGGAGAAGAACGGCGUUGAACACGAGAUCCAGACAUUUUCUGGGGUUCCGCACGGGUUCGCCGUGCUAGGAGAUUACGAUGACCCAAAGAUCAAGCAGCUACAGGCCCAGGCAUUCGGGCAGAUGCUUGGCUGGAUCCAGGGUCACUAGAUGUGCUGUGCUUGAACGGUUUCUCUCCGGUAUUGCAUCUUUCUAUGGAAUUUCUGGCGUUGGUGGGCUGGGACUCUGGUUACUAUACCUAUACCACCCAAAAUGGAGAUCGUAACUGCGAUGCCUUCUCCAAAUUACCAACAGAGAAC